AUGGAGUUUUCAGUGUUUCUGCUAAUGUCCGUCUCCUUCACUGCGGCGUCGGUGUCGGCACAGGACAUGUUCCUGGUCACAGCGCCCAGUGUUUUCCACUUGGGGGUGAGGGAACGCGUGUCUGUGCAGCUGCUCUCAGACCUCCAGCAGCCCGUGUCGCUGUAUCUGGAGCAUGAGACGAGCGGGAUGCUGAUGUCGAACAAGGCCAGCUGUCAGAUGGCUCAGCGGGGGGAGACUGGCUUUGUGGAGCUGGAGGUGGACAAAGGGAAGCUGUCCCUCCUCCCUAAAGCGUCCCCCCGCUACCUAAUGCUGGUGUGUGAAAUCCGGCCUGGGCAGAGGGACAUGGUCAGGGUGCUGGUGUCUGAGCACAGAGGCUACAUCUUCAUCCAGACGGACCAGCCUGUCUACAGCCCCACACAGUCAGUAAAUUACAGGAUAUUUACCCUGGAUCACGCUAUGAGGCCCCAUGAAGAGUUUAUAUCCUUCGCUGUCUUUAAUGCCGGAGGAAACAAGGUAACAUCUGGGAUCGUCCGACCCAAAGAUGGGACCAUCACCAGAAAACUGAACAUCCCCGACGUCUCAGAACCAGGCAUCUGGAAGAUCGUGGCUCAUUAUCUGGGCGACGAGAAGAACGCUGCAAACCGGGAGUUUCGAGUGCAGAAGUUUGUCAUGCCCAGUUUCGACGUGUCUGUCGUGCCUGAGGAGAGCUACUUCCUGGAGACCCUGAAGGAGUUUAACUUCACCAUUUAUGCCUCGUACUCAUACGGUAAGAAGGUAAAGGGGGCGUUUCACUGCCGAUUCGGCGUGAGAGACGAGGCGGCAAAGGAGACAGAGAAACCGAGCACCGCCUUCAUCAGGGGUCUGCAGAAGACCGGCUCGUUAGAAGACGGCAAGGCGGAGAUCCUCAUCCUCACAUCCCAGCUGAAGCAUCUUCUGGCAGAGCGCGGCGCCAACCUGACACAGCUCGCUUUGGAUAGAGUACAGCUGCACAUCGCAGUGUCGGUCACGGACUCGGCCAGUGGGGAACUGCAGGAAGCUGAGCUCUUUCUCCCUAUGGUUUCCCGGAGGUUCUCAGUGGAUCUGUCCCGCACGCGCUCACACUUCAUUCCUGGCGUGCCUCUUCGUGUCUCUGUGCUGGUUCGUCUCCCAAAUGGCUCGCCAGCAGCUAAUAUUCCAGUGCGCAGUGAUGUGCCCAGGUCAUCUGAUCUAACCCGCAGUGGUUUUACUGACCAAGAGGGGGCACUGCAUUCCACUUUCAACAACAUUCCAGUUGGCGACCAACCUGUGACUAUUACGGUGACAGUCGAUGAUGGUGUUUAUGAGAAGAUCGUUUAUCCUUCCAUGUCACAAAGCAAAAGUUACCUGUACAUGGAUGUCAGUCCAGGCGUUGUUAGUCUGAGGGAAAGCGUCUCGAUUGAUUUCACUGUGAUUGGUGGGAAACCACGUGAUGGAAGGAUUUACUACCUGGUUCUUAGUAAAGGAGUUCUUAGAGAAAGCAAAUCUAUACAGACAGAAUCGGUAGCAAGAUCUUCCAUCUUGGUCGGCAGUGAUCUCAUCCCAUCUUUCCGCGUGAUUGGUUAUUACUACAACCAGGCUGGUGACAUCAUAGCUGACUCACUUUGGGUGGAUGUUAAGGACGUCUGUGAAGGGAAGAUUUCCCUGAGCUCAAAGAGCCAGCACACACCGGGCAGUAAAGCCAACUUGGACAUCGAGCUGGAAGGACAGAAGGCCAAAGUAGCCCUGCUGGCUGUAGAUAAAGCCAUUUAUGCUUUGAACGCCCAGAACAAGCUCACACCCAAGCAGGUGUUUGCCUCCAUGGAGUCCUACGACCUUGGCUGCUCCUACGGUGGGGGCUGGGACACAGCUGACGUCUUUAAUGAUGCCGGACUUUCCUUCAUCUCCCACCCCAAAGCGGCCACCUCCAGGAUGAGGAAAGGGUUUGGCUGCGAGUCGGGCUUCAGACGACAGAAACGUUCCCUUGACCUGCAGCAGUUCAUGAUGUCCAAAGUUCUUAGUUACGAAAGUGCGGAGCUUCAGCGCUGCUGCCAGGACGGCUUCACCCUGAUCCCCAUGAAGCGUACGUGUGAGGAGCGUGCCAGCAGGGUGUCCCAGACCGGGGGGGGGGCCGCCUGUGCCACGGCCUUCCUGGACUGCUGUCGGGAGGGUAAUGCACAGAGGAAGCGGAUGAGAGCCCAGAGGACACAUGGCAGGACAGGGAGAGCCAGGCAGCAUUUCCAGAUCGAUGGACUCUUUCCAAACAGCACGAUUCCUGAAUCUCCCACCAACAUUUUUGCCAGGAUUGAGGGGGAGGUGUUCGGCCAGUCCACAGCGCUGCCUUUGCUGUCCCCCGCGGGGGUGCAGGCUCUGCUGACGGCCCCCAUGGGGUGUGCGGAGCAGACCAUGAUCCGGAUGACCCCCACGGCCCUCGCCCUCCGCUACCUGGACCACAGCCAGGGCUGGGUGGAGCUGCCCCCGGGGAGCAGAGAUGUGGCCCUCAGCCAUGUUGAGAAUGGUUAUUCCAGAAUUUUAAUAUUUAGAAAGUCUGAUGGUUCUUAUGGAGCCUGGACCAGCCAUCCAUCCAGUAACUGGCUGACAGCCCUGGUUGUGAAGGUGAUGUCUCUGGUGGUUGAUCGACAGCUGGAGGGCAGGGGAGAGAAAGGGAGGGAGGAGAUCGGCAUCUCCCAGGACGAGAUCCAAAAGUCAGUGGAGUAUCUGAUCUCAAAGCAGGACGGAGAUGGCAGCUUUAAAGACCCCAAUCCGGUCAUUCACAGGGAAAUGCAGGUGAUGAUCAAGGAGGAAUGCAGAGUAUGGCACUCCAAAUCUGAUACUCGAUUACAGAACGAGGAGCGCCACCGCCAAGUGCCCCCACCAGAAGCCAUCACCGUGGAAACCACUGGCUACGCCCUUUUGGCCGCCUUGGCCAAUAAGGACCUGGAGUGGGCGGAUUCUGCCGCUUGCUGGCUUUCUAAGCAGGAGAACUAUGGCGGAGGGUUCAGGUCCACACAGGACACCAUCGUAGCGUUGGAGGCCCUGUCUGAGCUUGCAAUAAGCAGGCCCCCCCAGGCCCCCUCAAAAAUGGAAGCAAAGUUUUCCGUGUCGGGGAGGAGCCAGACAGAGAAGCUCACGUUGGAAAAGAAAGGGGACAGAGUGCAGGUGGAACUGAAGAGGCUACUUGGGGCCACAAUUAAUGCAGAGCUAACAGGAAAUGGAAAAGCCAAACUGAAGGUGGUCAAGGCCUACCAUGUACUGGAGCCUGUAGAAAGCUGCGAGCUUCUCUCCAUCAAAGUCACCAUGGAAGGCAAAGUACAAUACACUGCUGAUGUGAUGUAUAACUAUGACUAUGAAGAGUAUUCUGAUGUGGAGGAUGGGAACGGGGACAGACGGGAUGAGGGCAUCCCUCGCUCCGAGAUCGACUGGUUCGACGCCCGCAGCCGCCGCAGGAGGGACACAGAGCAGAGUGACCAGAACGCAGUUGUAUACUCUGUGUGCGUCAGUCACCACCCGAGCAGGAACCUCUCCGGAAUGGCCGUCGCUGACAUCACACUGCUCAGCGGCUUCCAGGCGCAGAGAGAAGAUCUAGACAAAGUCAGACCGCCGUUACCAUUCACCCCCCCAACCCAACCCCCUUUUAGAAUGACACCUAAACUGAGACGUUAUAAAGUAAUAGUUACCAGCGUCUCCGAAAAGAGUAACUUUGAACUCUACGAGAUGAGAGUGAAAGACGUUCUCCGAGCUAACGGUGACAUUAGUGUAGGGGCAGGCAGCGUCCGGGUGUUUGCCAAGAGGCGCCACUGUAAGGGGCAGCUGGACCUGGAUCAGAUCUAUCUCAUCAUGGGCCAGGAUGGCGGCACCAAGGACACCAACGGAGAGAUGCAGUACUUGCUGGACUCUUCAACCUGGGUUGAAAAGUUGCCUGAGGAAAGCAAAUGCAAAGCAUCAGCAAACAGGAUUUUCUGCAGGGAUCUGGACAAUUUUUUGGUUGAGUACCAGACCAAUGGCUGCACUCAGUGAAUCUGGCCAUGUGGCAACGAGGAAGUGCAAUGAAAAUAGAGACCAGCGCCGUAUUAACAGUGUCGCAGGUUCCUUGCGCCCUCCUCUGGACAUUACCUGGUAGUGUCAAUUCAUUUUUUUAAUGAAAAAAAUAGGCUUUAAGUGGUAAAUCUUUAGUUUCACAAUUGUUAGAACAGAUCAACAGUUCAAAUUAGUUAUGCAGCUUUUCAGGCUUCAAAUUGUAUUUUUAGCUGAUAUUUACCAUAUGUUACAUGUAUGUAUUAAGUGUCCAAAGUGCUGUAAAGUUGAGGAUCAGAGAUCAGGGCCAGUCAGUGUCCCUGUCGGGGUUAGGGCUGUCCUCAAGGGCCCAAUGCAGAAAUUAAACCAAAUUAUCCAACAUCA